AUGCAGGGUGUAGUAUGCAUUGGCGACUUUGGGCAUACGCAGGUCCUAGACGAAGUGCUCGGGAGGGAAGGAUUCACUGCUUAUACUGGGUCCUCUAACAUGCGUUGGAAUGCCCCGGAACUCCUAGGUAGCGACGACAUAAAGCCCACCAAAGCCAGCGACGUCUUUGCAUUCGGAAUGUCUAUCCUGGAGCUUGUAACCAAGCAGGCACCACCCUAUUCACACAGAAAACGUGAUCUCACUGUCAUUAUGGACAUCAGUGACGGUCGUUUACCCCUUCGCCCAACCGAGCCGGAAGAUGUCUCAUGGUGGAUGCAUGAUGAACCAUGGGAAGUUUUAAACAAGUGUUGGGUAUGUCAUGGCUCAGGAGCGAAUGAAUAUUGGAGAAAUCAAAAUCUUUCUUGA